GCAACAUACGAGACACGGGCACGUACGCAAAACCUUCUUCCAAAUCUAAACCCCUCGUUCCCCAAAUGGCCAAGAGAAACCUCCUCCUCCUGGCGCUAAUGGCGCUCGCCUCAAGCAUAGCAGCCGCGUCAGUUACCACGAGCACGAGGAAGCUCAUGUUCCUGGUCCAGCCCCAGCCGAACCAACUCACGUACCACAACGGUGCCGUGCUGCAUGGCGAUAUCCCCAUCUCCGUCCUCUGGUACGGCGGCUUCACGGCUGCGCAGAAGGCCAUCGUCUCCGACUUCCUCCUCUCCCUCUCCGCCGCGCCGGGCGCGUCCCCGGCGCCGUCCGUGUCCCAGUGGUGGAGCAGCAUCCACCAGCUGUACCUCUCCAAGGCGGCGGCCGUCGGCAAGAACGGCGAGCACGGCGCCGGCGCCACCAAGGCCGCACGGGUGGUCCUGUCCGACCAGGUUUCCGACGAGGCGUGCUCGCUCGGGAAGAGCCUGAAGCUGUCCCAGCUCCCGGCGCUGGCGGCGAAGGCGAGGCCCGCGAAUGGCGGCAUCGCGUUGGUGCUCACGGCGCAGGACGUGGGCGUGGAGGGUUUCUGCAUGAGCCGGUGCGGCCAGCACGGGACCAUGGACGCCAAGUCCGGCACGGCCUACGUGUGGGCCGGCAACCCGGCGACGCAGUGCGCCGGGCAGUGCGCGUGGCCGUUCCACCAGCCGGCGUCCGGACCCCAGACGCCGCCGCUGGCGGCCCCGAACGGCGACGUGGGCAUGGACGGGCUCAUCAUCAACGUGGCGAGCAUGGUGGCCGGCGCGGUGACCAACCCGUUCGGCGACGGGUUCUACCAGGGGGAGCGCGAGGCGCCGCUGGAGGCCGCGACGGCGUGCCCGGGGGUGUACGGCAAGGGCGCGUACCCCGGGUACGCCGGCCAGCUGCUGGUGGACGGGGCCACCGGAGCGAGCUACAACGCCCACGGCGCGCACGGGAGGAAAUACCUGCUGCCGGCGCUGUUCGACCCCGCCACCUCCGCCUGCUCCACGCUGGUGUAGGAGUACGGCGGCACAGUGGUGGCGACAAGUGACGUGAGUCCAAUCCGCUGGCUGCCCGUCUAGCCAAGAGUGUAUUGGGUACAACUAAUACAGUAUUGUAGUGCAUACAUCUAUAUCUAUACCACCAUAUAGGGUAAGAAACUACGAAUAACUUGAAAUAAUAACCGUUGGAUGAAGUUGACCUGACGGUAGAAACAUGGCAAAUCCGAAUGUUGCUGACCAUUAAAUCUUCUCGUUACUUCACUAGAUUCUGCCACCUGUGCUAACUAGAAGAUUCCGUGGUUGGACUUAAGCCAUACGGACUGCACAAAACUUAAAUACACUUCUACUUUAUUCUA